AUGAUUUCGGAAUUGUUAGAUGAUGAUGGGAAUAUUCUCUCUAAUUGUGACCAGAUUAGAGAUUACACGGUGUCUUAUUUUGAGUCUAAACUUAAUGGGGAAGAGCUUCCAAUUGAUGAGCAUGAUAUUAUCUCUACGGAGGAAAAUCAAAGAAUGGAUGCGAUUCAUACUUAUGAUGAAAUAAAGGCUGCUGUUUAUGACCUUGAUGCUGAUAGUUCUCCAGGACCUGAUGGUUUCUCUAGAUGUUUUUAUAGACAUUGUUGGGACGUGAUUCAACAAGACUUAUACAAUGCUAUUAUUUAUUUUUGGCAACAACAAAGGAUUCCUAAUGGGAUCCUAGCUACAAGACUUGGAAGUGUUCUUGAUAAGCUGGUUUCAGAGGAGCAAGUUGCUUUUAUGAAGGUUAGAAAUAUUCAUGAGAACAUCAGUGUGGCGUCAGAGAUGGUGAAUGAUCCAAAAACUAAGCGGAAAGAUGGCAAUGUGGGCCUAAAGCUAGACAUUACUCAAGAUUUUGACACGUUUAGUUGGUCUUUUCUCUUAGAGGUGUUUCGAAGAUAUUUAGGUGUUCAAAUUAAGCUUGGAGUUGUUAAAUAUCGUCAUAUAAGUAAUGUUAUUGAUAAAAUCAAGAAGCAACUUUCAGUUUGGAAAGGAAAAAUACUUUCUUUUCAAGACCGUGUGGUUCUUAUUAACUCUGUGAUUGCUAGCUAUGCCAUUCACAAUAUGGCUGUUUACAAAUGGCCAAGGAAGUUCGUUAUGCAAUGUGAGCGGGAAGGUGGUUUGAGUAUUACAAGUAUGGCAGUUACAAAUAGGGCUCUUCUCAUGAAAUUUUGGUGUAGUAUUCGUUCUUCUAAUAAGAAGUGGGCGCGUUUCUUAUGGGCGAAAUAUACUACACAGACUGGUAGAAUUAAGCAAUAUGGUGUGAACUCUUCUAUCUUGCCUGGUGUUAGAUUGGUUCAUAAUAUUGUGGAUAGAAAUAUGAAACUGCUUCUUAGUGAUGGGCGAGCCACUUCUCUUUAUUAUGAUGUUUGGAAUGGUAAUGAAUGUAUUGCUGAUAUUCUUGGUGAUAAUGAGCUGGAUAGUACUGUCAUGGUAAGUACUUUGCUUUCUAACAAUGAAUGGCAGCUGCAAGACGAUCAUAUUCAGAAUUUGCUUCGUGCGGGAGUGGAUUUGAAUAACUUACCAACGCCACAAGGAGGAGAUGAUCAUAGAGUCUGGAUGCCGGAGAUGAGAGGUAACUUUACAGUCAGUUCAGCAAAACAUCUAAUAAGGAAGAAGUAUAAUGUCUUGGACGUGUAUGGGUUGUUGUGGAGGAAGGUUAUACAUCCAAACUUAGCUGCACAAAAUUGGAAGUUGGUGCGAGAAGCUUGUGCUACGCAAGACAAAAUCAGGAUCAGAUCCAGGGUCAAUCUUGCUAAUAAGUGUUACCUUUGCAAGUCCGAUGAAGAGUCCUUGGAGCAUAUUUUAUGGAGUUGUUCCUUUGCAACUCAAAUUCGGCAAUGGAUCUUAGGUAUUUUUUCCUUGCAGGCUAACUAUAAUUUGAUUGAUUCUUAUAAAUCCUCUAAAGGAAGGAGCCGUAUUAUAAAGGAUCUUUGGCUUUUGGCACUUAAGGUGAUUCGAGCUGAACUGUGGCAUGCUAGAAAUCUGACGGACGAGCUGUUAUUAUGUUGUGACGGUGCGGCCAAGGGUAACCAGGAAUUGCAUGGGCUGGAGUGGUGGCUCGAGAUGCAGAUAGUAAUUUUAUUGGCGCAAUGA